AUGGCAGCAGUACAACAGUCACCUCACCAAUCGGAACUCACCCUUCAGGGUCAAGGAUAUGUCAAUGAAAAGUCGGAUCUUGAAGAUGGUAUUCCACAACAGCCUGUGAAGCCAGUGGCUGGUAGUGGUGCACCUGAUGGUGGUCUCACAGCUUGGUUAGUUGUGCUAGGGGCUUGGUGUACAUCAUUUUGCAGUUUUGGCUGGAUCAACAGUGUCGGAGCAUUCCAGGAAUAUUAUCAGAAUGAUCUCUUGAAAGAUUACUCUCCUAGUACCAUCGCAUGGAUCCCUUCGUUACAGAUCUUCUUCAUCAUGGGCAUGGGUCCCAUCAUUGGAAAACUAUACGAUAGCUAUGGUCCUCGAUGGCUUAUCCUUGUUGGAAGUUUCAUGCAUGUUUUUGGUAUCAUGAUGGCUUCUAUUAGUACAGAAUACUACCAGAUUCUUCUGGCACAGGGUGUAUGCUCUGCUAUCGGUGUCUCAGCCAUCUUUCAACCAGCUCUAUCUGUCAUCCACGGAUGGUUCGACUCGAAGCGAGGAGCCGCCUUUGGCCUCCUGUCCACCGGCUCAAGCAUCGGCGGCGUCAUCUUCCCCAUCAUGGUCAACCGUCUUAUCAAGCAAGUCGGUUUCGGCUGGUCCAUGCGAAUCUGCGCUUUUAUUAUUCUAUUCCUCCUUACCAUCGCCAACUUAACCGUCAAGUCUUUCACACCACCUCGUCCCCAAAAGGUCACCCGCGCGCAGAUGGCCAAACCUUUCCGCGAACCAGAGUUUAUUUUCUGUAUUCUCGGAUUCUUCUUUUUCACUUUCGGCAUGUUUAUUCCUAUCGAUUAUUUGCCCGUUCAAGCGCUACAGGCUGGCGUGAGCCCCGAUUUCGCUCAUUACUUAAUUCCCAUCCUCAACGCUGCGAGUCUUUUUGGACGUAUCAUUUCUGGAAUUCUCGGUGACAAGAUUGGUCGUUACAACAUUUUCAUCGUUGUUUGUUAUCUAUCCGCGAUUUGGAUUUUGGCUCUUUGGAUUCCAUGCAACACACAAGACGGUCUCAUCGCUUUUGCCGCCCUGUUUGGUUUCAGUUCUGGCGCAUACGUUUCUCUCAUUGCACCUCUUGUCGCUCAGAUUUCACCUAUGCAAGAGAUUGGUUUCCGUACCGGAAUUGUGUUUUUCGUGUCUUCGAUCGGUGGUUUGACUACCAACCCCAUCAGCGGCGCUAUUCUGGAGAGACCCAAUGGUUGGAUUGGAACAAAGGUUUUUGCAGGAGUGUUUUGUCUCGUUGGCACUACGUUUAUCCUUGCUGCCAGAGUCCAUCGUGUUGGAUGGAAGAUCAAGUCUACAUUUUAA